CUUUCUUAUUGUCAUAUUUAUGUGAAAAUUGCCUCCUUGUUUUUAUUUUUGGUACGAAAAUUAGUUUUUAUUUCCACUUUCCCUCGCCCCCAUCGUAAUUCUCCUUCGUUCUUCUCAAUUGUGGAUCAAGCUGAAGCAGGGGCAUCAGUUUUCACCAGGAAAUGCUUGUGAUCUCCUUUACAUUUCUUAGUCACUCUUUCCAGUUUUCAGAUCUAUGAUAAUUUUCAUUCAUCUGAAGCAAAUCUAAGAACUAACACAGGACGACAAGAUGUAUAUGGCAUAUGGAUGGCCUCAGGUCAUUCCGCUUGAACAGGGACUCUGCCCCUCAAUCCAGAAGAUUAUAUACCUCAGGGUCAUUAAUCAUCAAUUACUCGUCGUAUCCCCCACUCACUUCGAGCUAUGGAGUGCUUCCCAGAAUAAAGUGAGACUGGCCAAGUACAAGAGAGAUUCAGAUUCAUUGCAAAGGGAAGGAGAAAAUUUGCAGGCAGUGUGGAGCCCUGAUGCAAAAUUAAUAGCCAUUAUCACAUCGUCUUUCUUUCUUCACAUUUUCAAGGCACAAAUCUCAGAAAAAAGAAUGCAUAUUGGAGGGAAGCAACCCUCAGCUUUGCGCCUUGCUACGAUAUCUCUUCUUCUGAGUGAACAAUUGCCCUUUGCAGUGAAGGAUUUAACACUGAGCAAUAUUGUAAGUGAUAACAAACACAUGCUGCUUGGACUUUCUGAUGGAACUUUGUACAGUAUAUCUUGGAAGGGAGAGUUUGGUGGGGCUUUUGAAUUUGAUCCACAUCCUCAAGUCAUUGAAGAUUCUCAGGUACCACUUACUCUAGGCAAUGGCCUUUCUCCUAAAGGUCAUCCCAGGGUUCUUAUGUCCAACAACAAUGGCCCUACAAAGUCUGCAAUUGUCCAGCUGGAGCUUUGUCUUCCAUUGAGGUUGCUUUUUGUCUUAUAUUCUGAUGGGCAACUUGUCUCAUGUUCUGUAAGUAAGAAAGGUUUAAAGCAGGUUGAGUCCAUUAAAUCAGAAAAGAGGUUGGCUUGUGGUGAUGCUGUAUGUGCUUCAAUAGCUCCAGAGCAGCAAAUCCUUGCUGUUGGUACCAGGAGAGGAACAGUUGAAUUAUAUGAUCUUGGUGAAUCUGCAUCACUCAUACGCACGGUCUCUUUGUAUGACUGGGGAUACUCAAUGGAUGACACUGGUUCUGUUAAUUGCAUUGCUUGGACACCUGAUAACUCUGCUUUUGCAGUUGGGUGGAAAUUAAGGGGACUUGCUGUUUGGUCUGUUUCUGGAUGUCGUUUGAUGUCUACAAUUCGACAAAUAGGUUUAAGUUCUGUAUCUUCUCCAAUGGCUAAGCCAAACCAGGAAUCUAAACAUGAACCAUUGAUGGGUGGGACGUCACUUUUGCAGUGGGAUGAAUAUGGUUAUAGACUUUAUGCUGUUGAGGAGGAAUCUUCAGAGAGAGUUCUCUCAUUCUCUUUUGGCAAAUGCUGUCUUAGCAGAGGUGUUUCAGGCACCAAUUACAUCCGGCAAGUAAUCUAUGGGGAAGACCGGUUACUUAUUGUGCAAUCAGAAGAGACUGAUGAGCUCAAAAUGCUGCAUCUUAAUCUUCCAGUUUCCUAUAUCUCCCAAAACUGGCCCGUUCAGCAUGUUGCAGCUAGCAAUGAUGGAAUGUACUUAGCUGUUGCUGGUCUCCAUGGUUUGAUAUUGUAUGAUAUACGAUUAAGAAGGUGGCGAGUUUUUGGUGAUGUUACCCAGGAACAAAAGAUUCAAUGCAAAGGUUUGUUAUGGCUGGGGAAGAUUGUUGUCGUCUGCAACUAUAUUGAUUCUUCCAACACGUAUGAAUUGCUCUUUUACCCAAGAUAUCACCUUGAUCAAAGUUCAUUACUCUGUCGAAAGUCACUUCUUGCUAAACCAAUGGUGAUGGAUGUCUAUCAAGAUUAUAUACUGGUUACGUAUAAACCUUUUGACGUCCACAUAUUGCAUGUAAAAUUAAUUGGUGAGUUGACACCUUCAGGCAAUCCAGAUUUACAGCUUUCUACAGUACGAGAACUUUCUAUCAUGACUGCCAAGAGCCACCCCGCAGCAAUGCGCUUUAUUCCCGAUCAAUGCUCUACAGAGUCUGUGUCAAACAAUGAUGUUUCAUCAAUGUCGGAUUCAUUAGCAAGAGAACCAGCAAGGUGUUUGAUAUUGAGAGCAAAUGGGGAGCUUUCACUUCUUGAUUUGGAUGAUGGACGUGAGAGAAAGCUUACUGAUUCGGUUGAAUUAUUUUGGGUUACUUGUGGCCAUUCAGAGGAUAAAACAAAUUUAAUAGAGGAAGUUUCAUGGUUAGAUUAUGGUCACCGAGGCAUGCAGGUCUGGUAUCCAUCUCCAGGUGCGGAUCCGUAUAAACAGGAGGAUUUCGUGCAGUUGGACCCGGAAUUGGAGUUUGAUCGUGAAGUAUACCCUCUGGGACUUCUUCCAAAUGUUGGUGUGGUUGUUGGUGUUUCUCAGAGAAUGUCAUUUUCAGCAAGCACAGAGUUUCCAUGUUUUGAACCCACUCCUCAGGCACAAACAAUAUUGCACUGCCUACUUCGGCACCUUCUUCAGAGGGACAAAAUUGAGGAAGCUUUAAGACUUGCAGAACUAUCAGCAGAGAAGCCUCAUUUUUCACAUUGUCUUGAGUGGCUUCUUUUCACAGUAUUCGAGGCAGAUAUAUCCAGGCAAAAUGUAAAUAAGAACCAGAUCGCUGUGUCUAAACCUGCUAAACGCUCUCUUCUGGAGAAGACCUGUGAUUUGAUCAGAAGCUUUCCAGAGUACCUUGAUGUUGUUGUAAGUGUUGCAAGAAAAACCGAUGGUCGUCAUUGGGCAGAUUUGUUUGCUGCUGCUGGUAAAUCAGCCGAACUGUUUGAGGAAUGCUUUCAACGAAGAUGGUACCGCACUGCUGCUUGCUACAUACUCGUGAUUGCUAAACUUGAAGGCCCUGCUAUUAGUCAGUAUUGUGCUUUAAGGUUAUUACAGGCUACCCUUGAUGAAUCUUUGUACGAACUUGCUGGGGAGCUGGUGAGGUUCUUGCUGAGAUCUGGCAGGGAAUUCGAUCAUGCAUCAAGUGAUUCUUUGUCUCCUAGAUUUUUGGGUUACUUUAUUUUUGGUUCUAGUCACCAAAGGCAGUCAUUGAAUAAAAGCUCCUCAUUCAAGGAGCAGAGUGCCCAUGUUACCUCUGUUAAGAAUAUUUUAGAAAGCCAUGCUAGCUACUUGAUGUCUGGGAAAGAGCUCUCAAAGCUUGUUGCAUUUGUCAAAGGAACUCAGUUUGAUUUAGUGGAGUAUCUUCAACGUGAAAGAUACGGGAGUGCUCGGCUUGAGAAUUUUGCAUCAGGGCUUGAACUAAUAAGCCAAAAGCUUCAAAUGGGAACAUUACAGAGCCGAUUGGAUGCAGAAUUUCUUCUGUCACAUAUGUGUUCUGUCAAGUUCAAAGAAUGGAUAGUUGUCUUGGCGACUCUCUUGCGCCGAUCUGAGGUUCUUUUUGAUCUAUUCCGACAUGAUGUUCGGUUGUGGAAAGCAUACAGCAAUACCUUGCAGUCGCACGCGGCAUUCAUUGAAUAUCAUGAUUUACGAGACCUGGCAGAGAAACUUUCACCUGUUGGAAGUGUGGAUGGGAACUGAAAGAAGAUUUGAUUUUCGUAGAAUUUCUCUGGUUCGUAAUGGUUUCCUGUUGAAGUAAUCUAGACCAAGUGACUGAGAAGAUGUCACACGCAAAAAGAAUUUACUCUCUCUUUGAUUGUGGGGGCCAAGAAAUUACAUCUAUAUGCUGGGUUCACACAACAUAUUAUCCAUGCUUAAUCCAGUGAAUAGGGAAUUGUAUUUUUAGGUAUAGAAAGAGGAUAGAAAUUUCUUUAGGGAGGCUUGUUUAUGACUGAGAAUUCCAUUAUUAUUCUUUUUUUUUUUCCUUUAAAUUUUUGGCCUAUUCACAGACGGCAAGACGUUUUUGUAGGAGGAUGAAUAGAUCCACAUGUAUAUAUUUCUUUCUGCUCCUGGUGAGCUUUAACAUUUAUAGUGGGAUUUAUGCAACUUAA